ACACACCUUAGGGUCAUUGUUUACAUCCAUCUUUACAUGCCAUUUCUGCCCGUGUGUUCCUGCACAGUGGAGCUGUAGAAGAGACAGAAACAUCUCAGCGCACAGCAUCUCUCAACCAGACGGGAAACCUUGUUGGCUCUAGCAACCAACAUAAUUAUUUCUUUUUUUUUUUUUUUUAGAUCUUCAAUCAACCAGCUGCGACCAUUUCACCUCCAACAGUCAUGUACAGCUCCAGCUACUCCCAGGCCAAGCUUGGCCUGGAUGCAAGGGGGGCCCUGCACAAGUCCAAAGGAAAGAGCUGUGGCUACUACAUGAGGAUUGUCUUCUUCUUUUCCUCCUUGAUCCAGUCUCUGAUCAUCGUGAGUCUGGUGCUCUUCCUCAUCUAUGGACAGCCAGAGAAGUCUGCAGGGGAGAAGAUGGUCAAGGACCUGGAGCUGAAUUUCAACCAGCUGGGUGACCAAAACGUCCAGCUGAGGAAGGAGAAAGGCGAACUGGGAGCACAGCUGGCAGCUCGCACCACUGAGAAAGCUGCACUGGAGAAAGAUCUGGCGAAACUCAAAACGGAUUGCAACAGCACAGAAACGCUGCUAAAAGUGAAAUUAGCAAACUGUGUGAGAACGAGUGCAACAACACUCAGCAUGGUUCGGCGUCCCACUCCUCCAAUCCAGGUUCCCUUUGUUCCACCUCCCAAUAAUGAAAUGAGGACCUUGCAGAGCCUCAGCGCUCAGCAGACGGCUAUGAUAGAUCUCAUUAAAUCAAACUUCAGUCAGACGGUCCAGUACCUGGUCCAGGAGAGAGACAACGCCCUCAAAGACAGAGACACGCACCACCAGGAUGUCAUCACCCUGCGCAGGGACAACACCGUGCUGAAAGAGCAGCUCUCCACCUACACCAGGAAGUGCAAGGAAGACUUUGCUCAGUCGUUGGACGGCAUCUCGGCGGUGGCCCGGGACUUUCUGAACCGCAUCAACAACCUGUUUCCCCACCAGCUGACCUUUCACCUCACCUGUAACAGUCAGCAGGAGCAGAUGGAGAAGAUAAAAAACAGCUGCACAAACCUGUCCAGAGACGUGGAGAACAAGUUCCAGGUGUAUCUGGACAACGUGGGCAACAAGGUUGCAGAGAUCCAAGCCCUGUCCAGUCGCCUGGAAGUGCAGCAUUUACACUUGACGUCUGACCUGCAGCAGUGCGAACGUGAUCGCAGGGAGAAGCUCGCUGAGGCGGCCAGACAGGUGCAGCACAAGCAGAAGACUCACGAUGACCAGGUGGAAAGAUUACUGAUGGAGCAGAACCGCAUGAGAAACGAGAAGAGGCUGCUGGAAGACAGCGUGGCCCUGAAAGAGAAACAACUGAAGACGCUCCAGCAAAUGGCACCAGCCCAACCCGGUUCAAAGUUUGGCGUUGCUAACGUGGUCGCCUCACAGCAGGACAGACAGACUGUACCUAACUGGCCCUCUGCUGGUGCACACGGCAUCAGCAAAACCCCAACGGGGAGAUGAAAUGAACCUGAAGGAACCAGAGGUGCAUCAACAAGUGCAAAUAAAUGUAUAUAUUCCAAACACAGUACACUUCAUCAGACACUGUAAAUACUAACGACUCAAUGAUGACACCGUUACUGCUGUAGGUUCGUGCAUGCUUUGUUUAGCUCUGUUUCCAACUAAAGAUUCAUUUGUGUUUUACUCCCAUCUGAGUUAAAAUGGUGACUGUGAAAAGAAGAAAAAAGUCUUGCUUUUUCCUCAGGUAAAUGUAAAAAAAAAAAAAUAAUGUCCAUGACACUGGUGUAAAUAUUUUCUCCUGUGUGUCACUCACUGUGGUUUAUGUAGAAACCCAACACUGGAAAAUCAUUUUAUUGCAAUAGAAUUAAAAAUAAAGUUAAGAAAACAAAACUA